AUGUCACAUCAAAAACGUUUCUUUCAUGAUGGAAAUAUUUUCAACUACUCAAUGCAGGAACCAUCGUUUGAAUGUGUCACACCCACCUCACCCAAUGGGUCGGGUAUUUGUGAUGUUCCGGUAAAGAAAUAUUAUCGCAAGGCAGCUCACAGAAUUUUUGUCAACAGAUCCUUGCAUUUGGAAAAUAUUAAAUUCUAUGGUUUCGAUAUGGAUUACACAUUGGCCGAAUACAAAUCGCCACAAUAUGAACAACUGGGAUUUGAUUUGGUCAAGGAGCGUCUGGUUAGCAUGGGCUAUCCCAAAGAGAUAAUGCAAUUCGAAUAUGAUCCAUCAUUCCCCAUUCGUGGUUUGUGGUUUGAUACUCUAUAUGGUAAUCUCUUGAAAGUGGAUGCCUAUGGUAAUAUAUUGGUGUGCGUUCAUGGUUUUGAAUUUUUAAAGCAUUCUCAAGUCUAUGAAUUGUAUCCAAAUAAGUUCUUAAAAUUAGACGAAUCAAGAGUAUAUGUGCUGAAUACACUUUUCAAUUUACCGGAAACUUAUUUGUUGGCCUGUCUGGUGGAUUUCUUUACAAAUAGUUCGGAAUAUACAGAGGAUCGCACUGGUGUCAAGGCUGGUGAAUUGUUUAUGUCCUUCAAUUCCAUAUUCCAGGAUGUACGCCGAGCCGUUGAUUGGGUACACAUACAGGGUGAUUUAAAGAAAAGGACCGUUGAGAACCUAGAUUAUUAUGUCAAAAAGGAUCCCCGUCUACCAAUGGUUUUGGCCCGCAUACGCGAAUCUGGUGCCAAGGUCUUCUUGCUGACAAACAGCGACUACAAUUUCAGUAACAAAAUUAUGACCUACAUUUUCGAUUUCCCACAUGGUGCCAAACCCGAUGAGCCUCAUCGUGAUUGGAAAACUUAUUUUGAUGUCAUUGUUGUUGAUGCUCGUAAACCAUUGUUCUUUGGUGAGGGUACCAUUCUCCGGCAGGUUGAUACUGAAACGGGAGCAUUGAAAAUUGGUACCCACAUGGGUCCUUUGCAGCCUGGCCAAGUAUAUUCCGGUGGCUCCUGUGAGGUAUUCACCAAUUUCAUCAAUGCCAAGGGUAAGGAUGUUCUCUAUAUUGGUGAUCACAUUUUCGGUGAUAUUUUGAAAUCGAAGAAAAUUCGUGGCUGGCGUACAUUCUUGGUGGUGCCCGAAUUGGUACAGGAGUUGCAUGUGUGGACCGAUAAGUGUCAAUUCUUUGCUGAGUUGCAGCAACUCGAUUGUCAAUUGGGAGAGAUGUAUAAAAAUCUCGACUCCAGCAACAAAGAAAAGCCGGAUAUUUCCAAACUGCGCGCCUCCAUUCGUGAUGUUACCCACAAAAUGGACAUGGCCUAUGGUAUGAUGGGAUCGCUCUUCCGUUCUGGUUCACGUCAGACAUUCUUUUCCAGUCAGGUGGUCAGAUAUGCGGAUUUGUAUGCGGCAACAUUCUUGAAUUUCAUCUAUUAUCCAUUCUCCUAUAUGUUCCGUGCCCCGGCUAUGUUAUUGCCUCAUGAGUCUACUGUUGCCCAUGAGCAACGCUAUCAAAUUGAGGCGCCCAUGAUACAACGAGCCAGACCAACUAAAUCGGAAAUUACAACAGCCAGUGGUAGUCAUGUUGCCACUGAUAAUGGAGUCCCUGCGGCCAAGGAGGAGACCAAGGAAGUUACUGAACCUGCGGCAACCACAACAUCUACAACAGAGGAAAAGACCGUCACUGUACCCCACACCCGGCCAAGUACUCCCCGCACAGUUACCCAUACUCACGAUGAGGAUUACUCCGAAGAAGAAUCGGAUCCCAAUAACAAAAGUGAUGGUGAAAAUGCUGAUGAUGGCAAAGAGGCUCACAAAACUCCAAAAUAAAGAGAUUA